AGCUUUAGCUCGCACGUAUGGCAGCGCACUCAGUUUGGUAACUCGUAACUACUUCCAGUUUAGCCUACAUUCACCUGUUAGCUUACUGCCAGCUACCCCCUUUAAUGCUAACCCGCGUUACGGUUGCCUUGGUGUGGAAAAUACUGCAGUGACUGUACAGGCUGCCCACAGAGCUGGGAGCACCGGAGAAGGAAGGGGAGAGCUUUAACCUUGGUCUCCCCAACUGACCCUGAGUAAACCAGCCAGCCAUGGACGACCGCUCCUCACUGGGAAAAGUCAGCAGCUCUACCGAGUCCGUGGCCACUGUCACCAGUGAGGAGUUUGUUCUGGUACAGUCUAGUGUUGCUGGGUCACCACAGGGCUCUGAAGGCAAACCAAGACUCAAGAUGUCCUGGAAUGGAAGUGAACAACUGGAAAAAGCUAUGGAGGAGGUGUUGGAUGAUGAAGUUGAUGAUGAUGAUCAAGUGAAGGUUGAGAAGAGCAACUUGGAAAAGAUGGAAAAGCACCAGUACAUAGAUGGCCAAGUCCUGGAACCACAAUCUCCAGAAGCAUGUCCAACACCAUCCAGCCCCACUGUCCUGGAGGAGGACAGUGUCCAGUUUAACAAGCCAUCCAGCCCCACUGUCCUGGAGGAGGACAGUGUCCAGUUUAACAAGCCAUCCAGCCCCACUGCCCUGGAGGAGGACAGUGUCCAGUUUAACAAGCUGUCCUACCUGGGCUGCACCUGGGUCAAAGCCCCUCGCAAUGAGGCAGAGGCACAGAGGGCCAUGGCUACCCUGCGAGCUGAGAGUGCUAUUCCAAUACCCAUCACCCUACAUGUCCCCUGUGGACCCGAUGGCUCUGUCAGGAUUGUCGACCAGGCCUCGGGGACAGAGAUCGCCUGCUUCCCUAUUUACAAGGUGUUGUUCUGUGCUCGUGGACAAGAGGGGUCAGUGGAAAGUGACUGUUUCUCCUUCACUGAGAGUUACCGAAGUUCUGAGGACUUCCAGAUUCACGUCUUCUCCUGCCACAUUAAAGAAGCAGUGAGUCGGAUCCUCUACAGUUUCUCCACAGCCUUUCGGCGUUCUUCUCGGCCUGCGGACAUCAGGGACACAAUGCUGUCCAGUCCAUCUGACACAGAUCUCUUCACCUUCACGGUCUCGCUGGAGGUCAAAGAGGACGAUGGCAAAGGCAACUUCAGUUCAGUGCCAAAGGACAGAGAUAAGUUGUACUUCAAGCUGCGGCAGGGUGUACAGAAGAAGGUUGUGGUUUCGGUUCAGCAAAUGUGCAACAAGGAACUUGGAAUUGAAAGGUGUUUCGGGAUGCUGCUGAGUCCAGGACAGAAAGUCUGCAACAGUGACAUGCAUCUACUCGACAUGGAGUCGAUGGGGAAGAGCACUGAUGGGAAGACCUACGUUAUCACAGGAACAUGGAACCCUAACAUGACCGCCUUCCAGCCACUGAAUGAAGACACACCUAAAGAUAAGCAAGUCUUCAUGACCGUGGCAGUGGACCUGGUAGUGACUGAAGUGGUGGAGCCAGUCCGGUUCCUGUUGGAAACUCUGGUCAGGGUCUAUCCAUCAAAUGAACGCUUCUGGUACUUUAGCCGCAAGACCUUCAGUGAGACCUUUUACCUCAAACUCAGACAGGUAUUUCCACUACAACAGUUUAUUGAAUGAGUGAUUAAAUGCACCUUAGAUCA